GAUUGGCUUGAUGAAGCGUGAUUGGCAGGUUAGUCCCCGCCCCGCCCCCGCCCCCGCCCGGAGGGAGGCUGAGCCCCGGGCGGCGCUGUCCACACGCAGCGGGUCCUGAAAGCGGCUCCGGGGCGGCGCGGUGGCGCACUGUGCGCGCCGAGCAGGCGGAGGGCUAGCGCCGGCGGCGGCGGCGGAAGCGCGGGCAGUCAAAGCCGACAGCGACUCCAUCUCAGCACCGGCAGUCCCGGCGGCCUUGGUGGAAGGGACCUUCGGCUCUCUCCUCUGUCCCUCGCUCCACGCCUGGGGCAGGCGAGGCGGCCGUCCUGGAAGAGGCAGCUGAAAGACAGUCGAACCAGACCCCCGAGAGAGGACAGCGGGGCUCGAAGAGUUGGUGGGCGCGAGGCAGAUACUCAGGCGAGGAAGAGACCGUCGCUGUUGUCCCCAUCCUGGUCACAGCGAUGGGGGAGCAGCGGGGCCCGCGGGAACUUUGAAGAUAGCGGGUCCCGGGCGUGAGGGCUGCAAGCUCCCGGGGCCUCUGGAGUCUCGGCCCCAGAGUCAGCGGCGGAAGCGUCUCCGAAACCGCCGGGGCCCCAGCGCGGCCGGAGAGGAAGUUCUUUGCAACUUCGUUCGAGACGUCGGAGAGCCGGGUGGAGAGAGGCUGAGGUGGCAAGUGCGAGGCGCAGAGACUCAGGGAAGCAGAGAGAGAAAGGAUCCGGGUAGACCGAGAGGUCGAGGAGACUCCAGAGGCAGUGAGGCCGCGGAACCAGCCUGGCAGCCCGCGGGCCUCGCUGCGCCCCGAGUGAGCCAAGGGCUGCGUGUCCCGCAGGCCUCCUCCAAGCCGCUCCUACCGGAGGCCGGGGACUCCUAGCCGUCCCGGAACCGGGCCUCUACGCUAUGCCCCCGAGGCUGCGUGCGCCUUGGCCGCAGCUACCCCGAGAAGGGUCCGGAGCCGCCGCCUGAGCCAGCCCAGGAGGGAAGCCACCAGGAGUUGGGCGCCCGCUGGCAGCCGGACUGCAGUAGCGACGUUCCUGCCUCCAGGCGCAGCAAUCGGCGGUCUCCGGCCGGGCGGCUCUGAGAGAGGCCCCAAAGCUCCAGCGGCAUUUUCUGAGCCCAGCUCGUACAGUGCCUGGCCUGACGGCGCGGCUCCCCAGCCCCACUGGGCAGCCCCCUGGCGCCGGGAGGCGGCGGCGUGGGCCGGCCUGCAGUCUGGAGCGCCCCGAUGGAAAUACACUGUAAGCACGACCCGUUUGCAUCCAUGCAUAGACAUGGAGGAGUGAAUCAGCUUGGGGGGGUUUUUGUGAACGGACGGCCACUCCCGGAUGUAGUCCGCCAGAGGAUAGUGGAACUUGCUCAUCAAGGUGUCAGGCCCUGCGACAUCUCCAGGCAGCUUCGAGUCAGCCAUGGUUGUGUCAGCAAAAUCCUUGGCAGGUAUUACGAGACGGGGAGCAUCAAGCCUGGGGUAAUUGGAGGAUCCAAACCAAAGGUCGCCACACCCAAAGUGGUGGAAAAAAUCGCUGAGUAUAAACGCCAAAAUCCCACCAUGUUUGCCUGGGAGAUCAGGGACCGGCUGCUAGCAGAACGCGUGUGUGACAAUGACACCGUGCCCAGCGUCAGUUCCAUCAACAGGAUCAUCCGGACAAAGGUGCAGCAGCCGCCCAACCAGCCGGUGCCGGCUUCCAGCCACAGCAUAGUGUCCACGGGCUCAGUGACGCAGGUGUCGUCGGUGAGCACGGACUCAGCCGGCUCCUCGUACUCCAUCAGCGGCAUCCUGGGCAUCACGUCCCCCAGUGCUGACACCAACAAGCGCAAGAGAGAUGAAGGUGUUCCGGAGUCCCCGGUGCCCAACGGCCACUCCCUGCCGGGCCGAGACUUCCUCCGGAAGCAGAUGCGAGGAGACCUGUUCACGCAGCAGCAGCUGGAGGUGCUGGACCGCGUGUUCGAGAGGCAGCACUACGCGGACAUCUUCACCACCACGGAGCCCAUCAAGCCCGAGCAGACCACUGAGUAUUCAGCCAUGGCCUCGCUGGCUGGAGGGCUGGACGACAUGAAGGCCAACCUGACCAGCCCCACCCCAGCUGACAUCGGGAGCAGCGUGCCAGGGCCGCAGUCCUACCCCAUUGUGACAGGCCGCGACUUGGCGAGCACGACUCUCCCCGGGUACCCUCCGCACGUCCCCCCGGCCGGACAGGGCAGCUACUCAGCGCCGACGCUGACAGGGAUGGUGCCUGGGAGUGAGUUUUCCGGGAGCCCCUACAGCCACCCUCAGUACCCCUCGUACAACGACUCCUGGAGGUUCCCCAACCCGGGGCUGCUCGGCUCCCCGUACUAUUACAGUGCCGCUGCCCGGGGGGCUGCCCCGCCUGCAGCUGCCACUGCCUACGACCGCCACUGACCCUCGGAGCCAGGCCGGCGCCAAGCACUUACAACACAUAUCACUGAGGGCCAUAGCCUCCCAGCCCCUCUGAAGACAGCCAGAAGGGCCCAACGAGACUGCCCCCAGCAACCCCCCACUUGCCUGAAACUCCCUCCUCCCUUUGCCUGCCAGGACUCUGGGGUUCUGUGGUGGGGCUGUGGGACUUCUAGACACCUUCCAUUUCUAAGAGUCAAUUGAUGAGCUUCUCCCAAUGGCAACUGGGUCUCUGCAAACCAACAGACUGUUCUGCAGACAACUGCAGCCCCCAGAGCAGCCCGCCAGUCCCCCAGCUAUCUGCCCCUCCGUCAGUCUUCCUGCCCCAGGCCUGGGAAAGAGAGCUUGCUUUUGUUGCUUCAACAGCACCCAUGUAAAUACCUUCUUGCUUUUUCGUGGGCCUAAGGGUCCAACUGAGCAGACUGCCCACCUGUGAUGCAUCCUGCACUCCCAAAGCAUCACAGGGCAUCUUAGACGUCUACUGUGUGCAGGUGUCCCCUUGGCCCUGGGUGCACCCCGUCAGGUGGACUUGGAGCUGUCCUUGAGACUGAGGAUACCCACCUCGGGGCACCAGCCUCCUGCUCAUCGCUACUUCUUUAAUGUCUUGACUGGGAGUCUCAUUGGGCUGGUUAUGCACCAAGCCCCCCCACCCCCUCCCCAGACCCUUCCCCAAGAGAAACACACUUUGGGAGGACACCCUGGCUUCCUGCCUCCAUUUCCCUGGGCCCAGUGCAGUGCAAGCAGCGAUUUUCUGUAUCAAAGGACUCAAAGAACUGUAGGGGCAAUCCCUCAGCCACGGUUCUAAGGAUGUCAUCCCAGACGCCGACUGCAUGGUGGACUUUGGAUGUGAGUUCUGCAUGGGACCUAGGAGAUCAUGGUCCACGGUGGGGCCAGAGGCUCUCUUGCCUCCUCAGCCCCUGGAACCACUGACCUGAACUGGAAUGUGUUCUCUGAAGUGUACCCAGGCUCAGAUCACAUUGGACACCCAUCAUCGACACUUCUCCCCGCCCAGGACACCAGCAAGUGGAUUCUGGGCAAGCUUGUCCCUGCCAUGUAGACAGUGACUAAUGGAAAGGACUUUCCUGCACUGAGGACAACAAACAGCUACAUCAGUCAGCCUGAACUUCCCGAGCAGCCCCUCGUGACCUCCUGGAGCUUGGCGUGCGGCUGGGAACAGAGAGCCGGGGUAGGGGCAGAUGCCUGACCUCACGUAGUGGGUAGCCGCCUGUUGAUGCAAGGGGGGCCGUGAUGUCAGGGCUAUGGCCAAGGGGCGGUGAGGCCCCUUGGGAGCCUGGAGGGGGAGCUUGGAGAACUGACCGUGGGUUGGAGCUGUCAGAAGAAGCCACCUGAGGAUACGGGGGAUGGAAGAAGGCCUCCUGGGAGAGGGGCAGGACAGGCAGUGCAGAGCUGGUGUGUGAACCGGGGGUGGUCCCAGGGGCCACCGUCUCUUUGCCUGGGGCCUCAAUUCCCCGCAUAGUCUCUCUGGCCAACUCAGAAGAGCCAGGUGGAGGCCCUGUCCAAAUCUGGGCUGAAUUGUAGCAAUGACAGUAGACUUUGCUGCCUCAUGUGACAGUGUCCUCAAUGUCUGCAUGUCACCAAGUUGGCAAAGAGCUAGGGCAGAGAGAGCCCACAUUUGAGGUUAUGGGCCUGAGAAGUCUUGUCCUGGCUGCACCUCUGCCUUGCUGUGGGACCUCAGAUAAGACCUUUCACCUCUCUGAGCCUCAGCUGCCUUGGUCCAGCAGAGUCACUUGCAGGGCCACCCAACCUCUCUCCUUCCCUUCCUCUCUCCCAGGCUGCAGGGCUGUGACAGGUCAUCUGGGACACAGCCUCCACUGCUGAGUGAGCAUAUAGGGAUAGGCACCUGAUCCUGCUAAUAUUCAGACCAAGUGGGAAACGAACACCCAGAGGGCUGGGAAUCAGCCUGAGGAGGACCUACUCCAGCCCCCAUCCAGGAGACUGAAGCCCGACGUGGGGAAGCCCAGGUCCAUUCAGGGAGACAGAGCAGACCUCCUCUGGCCACCAAUUGUUUUCCCCCCAAUAUCCCUACAAGGUAGUAGGAUGGAAGAGGAAACUGAGGCUCAGCAAGGUGGAAUCCCCAGGCAAAGACUGGCAGAGGUGGGGCUGGGACUCAGCCCCCUGAGCCCUGGCACAUGGUGAUCCUCCCAUCCCUGGGGAGGGGCGUUGACUGUGAGGGCAGUGAGAGAUGCUUCUGGGCCCACUGCCCCAGAUUUGGUUUCCUGGGCUGUUAGAACCACUGAGGAAGCCCAGGACCCCGGGCAGAAGAGGAGCCAGGGAGCUCACGCAGGCACACCUACCCCCGGAGCCUGCUGGCAGAGGGAGGUGGCUGGGAUGAAUUGACUCCACCCUCCACCUGCCAGGUGUGGUAGGAGCAGGUGUGUUACCUGGCCCCUUCCCCCGCCCCCCUCCCUCAGGAAGUGGUGGGGUCGGAGUCUGCUGCAUAGCCCUCUUGGCCUCUUGCACCCACAUCCUUGGGUCUUGGUCCCUCCUGUGGCCUCAGGCUGCUGGAAGGAGGUUAGCCUUCCCUGGACCAGCUGCCUAAGGCACACAGCAUCCUCCCUCGGCAAAGCCUACCUGGCCCAGGCAUGCCCCUCCACCCCUCCUGUUCUCCUCUUGCCCUGACAAGACCCCUCCACACCUCUCCUCUCCCUUGAGGCUCUGCUGGUCCUCAGAUCACAUUUGUGUUUGUUAGACACCCACUCGAUUCCUGGGCUGCCAGGCAGAAGCACAAGAGCACACGGAUGCACACGCACGUUCUCACACACGCACCUGCUCUCACCAGCUGAGUCCCCACGCUGCCCGGCGGGCGGCCUGGGAACCUGGAGAGGAGGGUCCGAAGGACUGAAGCCGUUGGGUAGCUGCCAGAGAGUUCCACGUGGAAAUCAAGGCCAGGGCCUUCACCAGCAUUGGGGCCGGAGGCCAGGGCGUUCCUCAUGGCCUUCAGCCCCGUGUUCCAGCUCUGACUUUUUUAAAAGGACAUUGUGGAUUUUAUGAAACAUUUCAUACCAUUAGUCUAGCUCCAACCUGGAAAAUCUGAUGACAUAUCAAAUCCGACACCCUCCCCAGGCGCCUUAGUCAGGGUUGGCCCUUUUGGAACCGCCGUUUGUGCAGGGCUUUGCAGUCCCCCGCCGUCCGCUGGGGCAAAGAGCACAGAGCCCAUCCCACAGAUGGGAAGACUGAGAUUCUGGGCUCACAGGACAAGGCAGAUCUCCAGGCCCCGUUCUCUCUCCACAGAAUUGUGCCUCUGUCCUGGGAAUGUAUGGCCUGGAGACACCCUUCAAUCCCCUGGAAGCCCCCAGACCUAUAAUGAGGAAGGAAAGAACAGGGAGCCACAGGCUGGCCCAACGGAGGGGCCCGGGGGUUGUGGCUUUGCUGGUUCAACUCGAUGUGCAUUAACACCCAAGCCUGCAAAGUCUUUGGCCAGCUUCACAGCAGCACGUCUGAGGUUUCAUCCAGACGCCUUCCCUGCUGUGCCCCGAGGCUCGGAGGGCUUGCACUUGCCCAAGGCCACACCACAGCCCUGAGAGGGCCUGGACGUGGGCCCAGCUCAGACUCCAGGGCCCAGGGCUCCAGGGUCAUGAGAUGUCUCAUCACUCUUUUAUUUAUCCUUCCCGCUAUGGAUCAGACUCCAGGCCUGCCUGUGACAAUAUGCAGGUGUCCCCGAGCAGAGCCACUGGGUGCCCACGGGCCUAGGAAACGCAGAUCAGAAUCCCAGGCCAGGCAGGUGGAGUGAUGUUGCCCCUCGGGCAGGGUGGCAGCGUGAGUGGUGGGACCCGAGACAUGCAGAGCAUUUGCUGCAUCCAACAGCAUUCAAGUGAGAGCUUUUCCAAUGCUCUUCUAGCCAAGAAAACAUGUCUGUGGGCGAGAUUUCACCCACUGGCCACCAGCUUCUGACCCCCGAUCUUUGUCCGGUGCCUCCUUUCUUCUUCACCUCCUUGCCCUUCAGUGCAGAUUUGGGGGAAAUGGGAGCCCAGAGAGAGGAGAGACAAGCGUCGGGUUGUCCGGCCAGUCGGUGUCAGGAACAGACCCCGGCCCCCGUGCCCUGCCUCCUCAUCCUGGGCUCUCGCAGGCUGGGCUUGGAAGGUGAGCCGGUGGAAUGUUGGGGGCGGUGGGGGUGGAGGGUCUGUGGGCUCUGAGGGAAGUCAGUGCUGUGGGGGCCUCUCCCACGUGCAGAGAAGAGCCGCAGAUGUGACCACGGGGCACUGAGGGGUGAAAUCCCUUUAUGAGGAGUCAUGUCUCGGAGCCACUGCCCUGCCUUUGGCAGCCCCUGGCACCCAGCUGCCUCCUUCUGGAUGACAUUUCAGUCAGAAUUUAGCUCCAAGCCAUGGGGAGCAAAUCUUAAAAACAAACCAAGCACUCCUGACAAAUACCUGGAAACAAGAAAUGUCCGAAACACAGCUUCCCCACAAGUAGAGAGAAACUCAGGCCCCUGGGUAGUCCAGGCCCUGGCUGGAGCUGGUGGAUGCCACAGCACUCUGGGCUGGACCAGUUCCCCGUGGCCCUGCUACGAGGCCAUCUCUGCAGCCUCGGCCUUGUCAUCCAUCUGGGCACCUGCCUCUGAUGGUUUCCAGGCACGCACACCAGUGCUCCUAGAAAAUUUAUUCCUUUAGUUCUUUUGGCCUCAGAGAGGUCCAAGGCAAAUGCAUUCCUUAAAAGCUAACAAAAUAUGUUGUUGGAAAGUUGGACAGUCAGGCCACGACUCCCAGCCCACAGUCUGCCCCACCUCCCGCAGCCCUUCAGUACCUUGUCCCCUGAUGUCCUCGCACCUCAGGAUUCCCCUUUGCAUAUUCAUGAUGGAGCCACAGUGUUGAUCCUCACUUCCCCAUUGUCAGCUCACGGCUGCGCCUCCAGAGUGGCGGCCAGUCCCCAGGGGCCGCUGCAGAGGACUGGAAGCGAGUCCCUUGCCCGCCCGCUCUCCUGACAAGGGUCUGCCGCUUUUCUCACAUGGCUGCUUGCUGGGAGCAGGUAGACACCAGUCUUUACUUCAUUUGCUGUAAUUUUUCCGCACUUGGGUCCUGUUCCUGGACGCCUGCUGGAUCAAAAGGGACCUCAGGGCCACACCCCUGCCAUUCUAGUGUUUCAAUCCAUAUGUUCCCAGGGGUCCCGUUGAGCCCGUCUCCGCGAUGGGGGUAAAGGUAACCUCCAUUCGCUACAUCCAAAUAGUCUUCCCACAUCGCAGACCCCUGAGCGGCACCAGGAGAAAAUGCAGCUGUUCCUCCAUUUCCUGGGGGAAUCUCACAUUCUACAGUGGAGCUGGUCAGGUAGUGUAUUUGGCCUGUGGGCAGGAGAAAGAGGGCCGGAUCCCCCCUUUCAGCUUUGGGCAGCUCUGGGCAUGGCAGGGGGAGGGAAGCGUGUGGACCAGCAGGCAGAGGGACAGCUCGGGAAUAGGGCACCCUCACCCCGACUCUGAGGCCUGGCUGGAAGGGGCAAGCUACAGCCUCCCCCAUUCAACCCCUGGCCCACCCAGUCCUGCAACUACGGCCGCCGGGCCACACUCAUCCCCAAAUUGCCACGCUUGUGGCCACGUCCCUCAUCUUCUCCAGAAGCACCGUUAAGAACAAGUGAUUUUGGAGGAUGGAUUUUUGAUUUACAAAUGGUGCAUUUCCCUUGGAGUGGAACAGAAAGGAAACCAUUUAAUGGCUCCCUUAUUUUCAAGCAUGAAUACAUUUUAAUGAAACUAUUUUAUUGUAUUUGAGGAAAUGGAGAGUUGAAUAUUCCAACCAAUCAAUAGCCAAUUAAUUGCUAUACAGCUAAAAAGAAAAUAAAUAAGUCCUGAAUCUAUUUGAAAUGCCCUGCAAAGCUCAGAGCCUCCAAAUCGGGCCUCCCCCGCGAUGCGUGCGCAUGUCAGUAUGUACAUGCACACACGCACGCACACCCCUACACCUCAGACAUACUUGAAACUCAGACAGUGCUGACUGUCCUCAUGCCGGUUCUUGCCUGCUCUCCUGCCUUUGGUCAGAGACGGUGAGCAGACCUGGCAGCAGCCCGUCCUGGGGCUCGGGAAGAGGCCCCAGCUGCCAGCAUGGUGUGGGGGAGCGGGCAGCGAGGGCCCUGCCUUGUGGCCCCGGCUGCUGGGCCUCCAUGCUUGGGCCCGGGGUAGAAAUCUGACCAGGUUUUGCCCUGACUCUUGCUGGAAGAUGCUGCCCUGGCUUUUCACCCUCUAGUGGCCUUUGGACAUUGAGCAUUUGUAGAAAUGCAGAUUACAUUGCAAAUGGAAUUCUUUGCCAGGAAGACACAUGGAUUUUGCUUUUCAUUCUUUGAGACAGCUGACUUGGUCUUAGGGACUGAACUUCCAGCAUCAGAGAAAUACAUAUCUACUGUAUCCACCAAAGUUUGUGAUGCCUGCAUAGACGAUUACUUGUAAAAAAAAAAAAAAAAA